CUCCCACUUCACCCCUAGUACAAAUACUUGGUGCCGCCCACCACCAUGAGCACAGCAGGCCAGGAUGCGAAGCUCUUCGCAAGAGGCAAAGUCGCCGAGCUCCGGCUCGAGCUCAACAGCGGCGGCAAGAAGGAGAAGAACUUCACCACCAAGAAGACCGCCUUGAAGAAGAUUGUCGCAAACAUGACCAUGAGCAACAAUGAUAUGGUCGCCCUGUUCCCCGACAUUGUCGGCUGCAUGCAUAUUCAGAGCUUGGAGAUCAAGAAGAUGUGUUUCUUAUAUCUGGUCAACUAUGCGAGGACGAAACCAGAGAUAGCCCUCAAGGCCCUUCCCAUCAUCCAGGAAGACUUGAACGACAACAACCCUCUAGUGCGCGCUCUCGCUCUCCGAACCAUGUCAUAUGUCCACGUGCGCGAAUAUGUCGAAGCAACCGUGCCUCAUCUCAAAAACCUCCUUCGGGAUGGUGACCCAUAUGUGCGCAAAACCGCCGCUUUUUGCGUGGCCAAGCUCUACGAUCAUGACAGGCAAAUGGUCGAGCAGUCCGACCUCAUAGAUAAGCUGAACAGCAUGCUGAGAGACGAAAACCCCACAGUCGUUUCCAGCGCAUUGGCUGCGCUCAUGGACAUUUGGGAACGGUCCGAGAACAUCAAACUGACCAUCGACUACGCGAGCGCCUCAAAGAUUGUGUCGAUUCUCGCCGACUGCUCCGAGUGGGGCCAGACAUAUAUUCUAGAAGCAAUGAUGAACUACGUUCCACAAGAUACAUCCGAAGCUGCGCUGCUGGCCGAACGCAUAUCCCCGCGAUUGUCUCACUCCAACUCAGCCGUGGUCCUAACUUGCAUACGCGUUAUCCUCUAUCUGAUGAACUACAUUUCCGACCAAAAAGUCAUUACCUCAUUAUGCAACAAACUCUCACCGCCACUGGUCACUCUGCUAUCCAAAGGUCCGGAAAUCCAAUAUCUAGCCCUCCGAAACGCAUUGCUCAUUCUCCAACGGCGACCCGAGGUCCUACGGAAUGAUAUCCGUGUCUUUUUCUGCAAAUACAACGAUCCAAUCUAUGUCAAGGUCACGAAGCUGGAGCUUAUCUUCAUGCUGGCAACAGAAAAGAACAUUGGAGAAGUUCUAACCGAAUUGGCCGAGUAUGCUACGGAGAUUGACGUUGAUUUUGUUCGAAAAUCGGUGCGGGCCAUUGGCAAGCUCGCCAUCAAGAUCCCACCGGCAAGCCAGCUGUGUAUCUCAACGCUUCUCAACUUGGUCAGUACGAAGGUGUCAUAUAUUGUUCAAGAGGCGACAGUGGUCAUACGCAACAUCUUCCGCAAGUACCCCAAUCAAUACGAAUCCAUCAUCAGCACUCUUUGCGAGAAUCUCGACUCGCUGGAUGAGCCGGAGGCUAAGGCGGCCAUGAUCUGGGUGAUUGGAGAGUAUGCGGACAGAAUCGAAGACAGCGAUGUGCUACUGGACGACUUCCUGGACUCGUUCCGAGAGGAGACACACGAGGUACAGCUCGCGCUGCUUACAGCCACAGUGAAACUCUUCAUCCAGCGACCGACACGAGGAUCCACACUGCUACCCAAGGUGCUCAAGUGGGCUACGGAAGAGACAGACAACCCGGAUUUGCGGGACAGAGGGUACAUGUACUGGCGACUCAUGUCGUCGGCACCAGAAAUCGCCAAGAAGAUUGUCAUGGGAGAGAAACCAGCCAUCACAGCCGAAGAGUCGGAAAAGCUGGACCCGGGGACGCUGGAAGAAAUGUGCCUCAACGUGGGAACGUUGGCGACGGUGUACCUCAAGCCGGUGAACCAGGUGUUCCGAUCCGCGCGGCCUAGGAAGCUGCAGGACUCGGCGGCGCUGCAGCACCACGAGCUCCCCACGGUGAAAGCGGCGCAGCAAGCGCGCGACCGUGCAGCGGCCGAGCGUAGCAAACUGGACACGCUGACGACCAAUGGCCACGGAAUGCAAAGCCCGGUGAAUGGGGGCAACAUGAGCGCUGCAGUGAAUGACGCAGAUGCGUACUUUGCGGGGGUGGGCAGGCAGAGUACAUUCGGGGGGAGUCCCGUAAUGGCAGAGCAAGGAUCGAUGGGCGGAGGGUGGGUGGUCAAUCAAAGUGCUCCAAUGCAGGCCAUGAUGAGCCCCGUGGGCACGGAUGGCAACCAGGACCUCCUCCUCUGAGAGAGGGGGUUGUCGCGAUGGCACCACAGCAGGCAGUUUUGCAAUU